UGCACGCUACUCUCCCCAAAGUCGCUGCCACACCGCCAACGACUGAACAUCGGCUCCCUACCAUGCCUAUCAUGCUGGCCCGCCGCAACAACAAGCCGUCACUGCCGAGCCGCCCCGCGGAGAGCCCACGCUUCAACGAACUUCCCGAAGAUGUACUCAUCCUGAUCUUCUCCCAGUGCCGCAUCGACGAACUUCUCGCCCUGCGCCUCACCAGCUUGAGGGCGCACAGCAUCAUCUCCGAGUAUGUUGCGUCCAUCGUACCUUGCGUGGCGCGCUCCACGUUCCCCUCCAGCCAGCUCCUCCUCGCCCCACUACAGAAGCCCACCGCCUAUACGCUGGCAUGGCUCCAGGACCUGAUACCGCAGCAGCUUGCCGCUAUCUUGGUCGACAGGCAUCGCUUCAGCCACCCGUGGUCACAACAGCGCUAUGGCAUACCAGCCGAGGACGCCUACGGUGACGCGUUGCGCUGCCGCAUCGCAAACGGUUGGCGAGUGCUCGGCCAGCUCUCCAACAUAUCCAAACAUGUUUACGGUUUGAGCGCCAAGGAUAUCCUGAAAUCGGCAAAAGACCUUGCCUGGAAAGUGGUGCAUCCUUCGCGAUACAAAUUCCAGGUGUUCAAACAGAGAGAAGACAUGAUACUCGAAAAGCGGUUCGAGUACAUCAACACCCUGUCUGAUAAUGAAGCACGCGACUAUAAACUCAUGUUUAUGCUUCUAUCCUCGGCUUUCCGCACUUCCAUCAUCAACCAUGGCGACGAUCACAAACCUUGGAUUUUCGAUUGGAGCUGCGGCAUCGACGGGCAGCGCCUUCUGCGGCGGGGAAACUCGUGGCUUACGUGGUUUGUACUACACGAAGGCCCGCAGCUUUUCUGGCAGCAGUGGUGGUCUCUCCCCGCGGACACGCUCGAAACCAAGAACCACAUCCGCGACCGGUCCAUCGAGGCCUGGUUUGGCCGCACGAAAAUCACACCCGAGGACUUCAUCCGACAGUUCCUGCCCGACAAAUGGAACGAUGUCAACGAGAAGUGGCACGACGUGCAGCGCGACCACGCCUCGCGGGUGCAAAGGGCAGUGGAGGAGCGCGCUGCGUUGGCCUCGGAUUUCACGCCGGUCAACCCAAUCCUGUACUUUACACAGUAUGCCGAAUGCCGUCAGCUUCGGGAGCAAACGGGGUCUCCGGUUGUGGCUACAGAAACGUUAUCGCACGUCCCGUUCCAUAUCGAUUUCCGCUGCCCAGAGGAGCUUUUCCAGAAAUUCUGCUUGCUCAGAGAGGAAAAGGCGGUUGCUCUUGCGACGCAGGUGUCGUCGGCACGGGAGUGA